UCUAACAUAUGGUACCUAACCAGAAGAAAUUUCGUCGAACUCUCGGUCAAGAGCGCUUACUCGUCUGACGUUCCCUCCUGCCAGCCGUCUCGGGAUGCCCAAAGUGAGUGCGUGCCAUAGUUGGAGAUUAUCAUCAUCAGAAUUUCUGGCGUGUGUCGGAUUAAGCCCUCGACAUCGGCCGCCGCCCCGACUGCGAGCAGGUGGAGCCCUGGCUUCGCAGCAGGAAAUACGUAUGCGGCGCGCCGUGCACCGGCGUCAGAGCCAGGGCAUGGUGAUCCGGCCGCCGACCCUGCGCGAGACGUCGGAGCCGCCGCUGCCCGAGGUGGACGAGAACUUCGAUCUGCACCCGAGCCGCUUCGAGGUGUUCCGCUGGCGGCUCAACGAGUUCCUCAACCAGGGUCACAUGAUGCUGCUCGUGCUGAGGACGCACGUGCACGACUGCAACCCGCACUACGCGACCGAGUUCGAGCACGCCGUGCUCUACUACUCCAUGAUCAAGAUCGAACUGGACGACUACUUCGACACCGUGGUGCACUACAGUAUGAAGGCCUUCAACCAGCGCGACAUCAAGUGGUGGCCGGACACGCUCUUCAAGCGCGUCGCCAUCGUCAUCUUCGCCGUGCUCGACAAGGUGGAGGUGCAGACGCUCGACUACUACGUCAACAAGGACAACCUCAAGGAGCUGUUCCGGCACUUGCAGUGGGAGAACUACCUCUUCAACUGGAAGAUCGCCCUCGACCCGUCGCCCUCGCCUAGCACCACCUUCGUACCGUAGGGACUGAGCGCGCCUCCUUUCCCCCGAGCCUUCGCAGUAAAAAUGCGCAAACGA